AAGGAAUACCAGUCCAUCAAGAUACAGCUGUGCAUGCCCACAUGUGUGUUCCUGCUUCACUUGGGGAAGCACUUUUGUCUGGACAGCUCAAAGCAGGAACUUGACUUCAGAGCUGGAGGGAUGGCUCCAAGAAACAAAAUUUCUGGCUGUUCUUUCCAAACAAGAGAUGAUAAGAGGUGAAGGGGAAGCAAGCAACCAACUGCUGGACUUGUCUGUCUUUUCCUGGACUAUGGCUAUUGCUAACUUGGAUUCUUUCUUCUAAAAAUAGCUGGUUGAUAUACUUUGACCAGAAAUAAGAAAGUACGACUGGCUGGAAACAAUGUCCUUAGCAAUUCUUCUUUUCUGCUUGGCGUUUCUCCAACCCACAGAAUCCUGCAAAGCCCAUUGCCAGGAUGUUAAUAAAAACAGAGUGCAGAUGUCUUCCAAAUCACAAGAUUGUGAAAACCCUUGUAUUGAAAAUUCCUACUGCUUUCAGUCCUGUGCUGCUGGACUUGAGGGGAACAUAAGGUUUCUGUGCAGGAAUAAAGAAUGGCAGAAAUCCACAGAUACUUGCACAAGUCUUAAUGUCCUCACUAUCUUUGAGAACAAAGAAAAAACGUUCAACAUCUUGGUAGCAACAACUCCUAAAAUAAGAACAUAUGAAACAAUUUCAGAUGCUUUGAUGCGAAGAUGUCCAGAGAAUUUGUCUUGCAUACUGAAAAACAUUCAAGAGUCUCCACAAAUACCAGGAAACAUUGAGGUCAUUGUGCAGCUGUUGCAUAAUAUUUCAAGAGUGAUGUCUGAAGAUGUUGAUGAAGUUCGGAUGGAGAGCUACAGCAUCAUGGUGAAUCAUAUCCUUGACAGCAGAAGCAUCUCGAACUGGGUCUUUGUCCCUGAAAAAAGAAGUAGCUCUAUCCUUUUGGAGUCAGUGAUUUCAUUUGUGAGGAACCUCUUUAUGAAGAAGAGUUCUCUUGAUAUCUCAGAACAAUUCAUUCACAUCCUGGGCAUCAGCAUAUCAAAAGACAGCCCCCAAGAAGAGAGCUUGAGUUUUUCCAUGAAAGUGAAUGACACCGAGGAUGAAAUCAUUGGGAUAGUGCUUCUUCCAUGGGAAGAGGUUCGGAAGCUGUCCUUGCCUUCUCAAGCCAUCAGCAUUGCCUUCCCCACACUAGGGGCCAUCUUGGAAGCCAGCUUCUUUGAGAAUGACAUUAUGAAUGGGCUCAUUCUUUCUGUCAUCUUGCCCCAGGAGUUUGAAAGGAUCUCAUUGGUUUUUGAGAAGAUUGCCAAAUCUGAACAUAGCAGAACACACUGUGUUGGCUGGCACCCAACAGAAAACAAGUGGGACAGGAAGGUCUGUGAAAUGGCUCUGGACAGCCCUGAUCAAGCUCUUUGUAGUUGUAAAUUGAACAACAGGUUUACUUCUUUCUCAAUUCUUAUGUCGCCCCAUAACCCCGAGAGCCCGGUUCUCAUUUACAUCAUGUAUAUUGGCCUGGGCAUCUCAAUUGGUAGUUUAAUUCUUUGCCUGAUCAUUGAAGCCAUUGUCUGGCGUGAGGUAACAAAGACAGAGAUCUCCUAUUUACGCCAUGUUUGCAUUGUGAAUAUCGCCAUCACACUUCUGUUGGCAGAUGUGGGCUUCGUUAUAGCUUCCUUCUUUAAUGAUCUAGUGUUACACCAUACUGGUUGUGUGGUUGUUACAUUUUUUAUUCACUUCUUUUACCUCUCUGUUUUCUUCUGGAUGUUCGUGAUGGCACUCCUCAUCCUUUAUGGAAUCGUGAUCGUUUUUCAUACUAUCCCAAAGUCUGUUGUAAUGACUUCUGCCUUCUUAGUAGGAUAUGGGGCCCCUUUGAUUAUUGCUAUAAUUACAGUUGCUGCUACUGAACCUGUAGGAGGCUACGUGCGGCCCAUGACCUGUUGGCUCAACUGGGAUAACACCAAAGCUCUUCUUGCCUUUGUCAUCCCAGCCCUUGCCAUUGUGGUGUUGAACUUGAUCACAGUAGGAAUGGUCAUAAUAAAGACUCAACGGCCUUCCAUUGGCAGCCCCAUGGCUCAAGAUAUAGCAACCAUAGUGAGAAUAAGUAAGAAUGUUGCCAUCCUCACACCACUGCUGGGCCUGACCUGGGGCUUUGGAAUAGCCAUUGUCAUAGAAGAGAAUUCGCUGGCACUCCACAUCGUCUUCUCAUUACUUAAUGCUUUCCAGGGCUUCUUUAUCUUGCUGUUUGGAACAUUCCUGGAUCAGAAGAUAAGGGAUGCUGUAAAGGCCAGAAUAUCCUCUGUAAAAGCACUAUCCAGACUGUCAGAGAAAUUUUCUUCUGAUUUGUCACAUCAUCCUACCAAAGGGUCACACUAACUUGCCAACCCUGGAGCACGUCCUUAGUUCUGGAGGAGCAGAUUCCAACAGGAAACAGGCUUCAUCUUGCCUUCUUUGCAUUCAGAAAUAUGAAGGAUAUUUCUAACUUACAUGGAUUUGGGGUGGAGGGAAAGUGACUGGGGGAGAGUCAGACUGCUGAGUAUUGUCUGUGUCUCUGUUAGAGAUUCUAAGUGUUGACCCCUCUGAUCAGCAGUCUAUGUAUCCAAAGCAA